AUGGGUGCCCGGCAAGAGCGAGCUCGACAGCCGUUUAGCUUCCCAAUGCGACGGACUCCCCCACGAAGAACCUCUCUAGAGAAACAAGUUUUCGACAAGAUGUGGAAUGUAAAACCCGGAUGGAACUGGAAAGAAACUGGCCGAGGCAAAAUAUUCUUCAACAAUACGAGGACAUGUGUUGAGGAAAGAGAAAUGUCGAAAAAGCGUUUGGAAACCUUUGGCGACAUUGGACCAUGGAGGGACUUUGUCGAGGAAGUUGAGGCGACCUUUCACGAGAUGAAAGAACCAUUAGUUGAGGGACGCAAGUAUUCGGCAGCUUUGAGUUGA